AUGUCACAAACACUGGGGCUAGCUGUGUCACGGCCAGCAGCACUGCGCCCGUCCGCUGUGUCGCUUGAAGGCCGUACAGUGCUCUUGGUCAGGCUCAGCCCUGCACACGCAGAUCAGCUCUUCUCUCUUGUCGGCGGAGAUGACGAGACCAAAGCUAGGCUCUGGACAUACAUGAUGGAUGGGCCGUGGAAUACUAUUGAGGCGUUCCGCGACGUGGUAAAAGCCAAGUCCACGUCCACAGAUCCUUUUUUCUUUGCCAUCAAAGAUGCGACAACGUGCCGUGUUGUGGGACAGAUAUCGCUCAUGAGCAUUGUUCCCGAGCACCUUAGGGUCGAGAUUGGGAGCGUGCUUUUCUCUCCAGAUCUGCAACGCUCGACGGGUGCGACGGAGGCAGUCUACCUGCUGGUACAGUAUGCAUUGCAGGUCCUCGGUUACCGUCGGAUAGAGUGGAAAUGUAACGUCUUCAAUCAGGCGUCUCGGCGCGCGGCCCUGAGGCUUGGGUUCACUUUCGAAGGCAUAUUUCGGCAGCAUAUGGUUGUGAAAGGCAGAAGUAGAGAUACUGCGUGGUAUUCAAUCGUGAAGGAAGAAUGGGAGGGAAAUCAUAUUAGGAGAUCUCUGGAGCUGUGGCUCCAAGAGACCAACUUUGAUGUGGAAGGAAUCCAGAGGGAGGCUCUGGGCGAGAUCAGAAACAAGUUCAAGGAGGGCACGUAUAACGGUUGA